GUUUAAACAAUUAUUAGCAAUUUGACAUGUGAUACAAAAACGUAGUGUUUCAAAUCCAGUGUAAAAAUGCCCGAAAGACUACAUUGGCUGUACAACAAAUAACCUAAGAAUGAUGAAUGAUGAAACAAAACCAUUAGUCAUUCAUAGUAAAAAACACAAAUAAUCUUUUAAACAUUUAUGUAAAGUAAAACCAUUUAAUAAUAAUAUCAAUAAAUCAAAAUUUAGAACAAGCAUUGCAAAUUGUCACAAAAUCUAAAUUUCCUUAUGGAUUGAAUCUUCGGUAGUAAAUUUAAAUCAUCUGAACACUCAUCACAUCUUUACAACAACAGUUUGAACAUAUGUUUUCAAAAAUAUUAUGCUUAUUCAUUAAUUUAUCUGUUUGCAUUUACGUUCUAGGUUAUGUUAUGUGUUUCAUUUGUUAAUUGUACCUGAAGAAACGUAAUCAAAAUACAUAGUACAUCAAUACUAAUAUAUUGGGCUAAUAUAAUACUAAUAUAUGUGUAUAUGGAACAGAAGGUUUUACAAUGGCGGGCGAGAAGUACCAGUGCCUGGACUGUGGCAAGACUUACCGGCAGAAGAAGAAUCUCGUGAAGCACCAGAGGUACGAGUGCGGGGAUCGUCGGCCGUUCUGCUGUACGCUCUGCCCCUACAGCAGCAAGCAGAAGGCACACCUCAAGCUGCAUCUGGCCACGAAGCAUAGAGAGCAUUUGGUCGUCAUAGGGAACAAUUCACCACAUUCUGUACACAAUUAACUAACUAGGAAGUGUUACGUUCGGAUCUAAUUCGUGAAUCAUAUGAACUCGUGUAAGCAAAACUAUGAUAUUCAAAUAGAAUUUUUCAGAUUGUUAUGUUAAUUUUGAUUUUAGAAACGAAAUUGUGAGUUUCGCAAUUGGAAACUUGGUAUUUUUAUCAAAUUGAUCAACAUCAUAUUUGGAACUUUUAUACUCGAAUCACGAAAGCAGAAAUUUGAUAUUUGAAAUUCGUUUCAAAUUGAUAUUCUUAUCGGAAUUUAUUAAUUUCAUAUUCAUAGUUCGGAUAUUUGAAUUGAAGUAUUGCGUUAAAAACAUAUGUUUCGACUCAGGAGACAGUCGAGUUAACGAUUUACUUUUACUUUCGUCUGUUACAAUCGGGACUUUGGUAUUCACAAUUUUCGUUAGUUUCAAAGUAUGUUUAUACAAGGUGUUGGUUUCUAUAGCUGUUAUUUUUAGAACUUAUGCUUUUAUAAUAAUUUGUCAGUAAUGUAUUUUGCGAUAUAAAAUCUUUCACAAUUGUGAUGUUUAGUUGCAAACUGUUUAUUUUAUAUGAGUACUGCAAGCAAUUUAUUGGCACUGUAAAAAUACAAGUUUAAAAUUGUGUUAGUCAAGUUCUGUUUUUAGUAUUUUUUUAAAAUUAUAUAUAUAAUUUAAUAAUUAUAUAUUGUUGUUUUAUGAAAGUUCACUACAUUCCCAUAAUGUAACAUUAUAAGGAUCUGUAAUAUUGUAAUAAAAUUGUAUUUUGUGAAAUAAAUCAAAUUUAUUGUGACUAGUAAUUGAUACUGAAUCCCAGCCAAUUGUCCUAUGACCAUUAUCCUGAUUUGUAACAUUUUUGCAGCAUUAGGUUUCAGAAGAGGAGCGUUACUUUACUAUUAAAAUAUUUAUUGUGCUAUAUUUCUGUGUUUUGUGUAUUUUAAAUAUUAUUUUAUAUUUAAAUUAAUUUAUCAUUCUCUAUCCCAUGCAAUUCUGUUUUCUGUGGUGGUCGCCUUGUCGUGAAACAUAGUAUUUUGGAUUCUAUCAACUGCACAAAACUCAGUUCUGAACUCCACAAGGUAGACACGAUUGGUUCACAAUUAGUGUCACUAAAUAACACCGAAAAUGUAAUUAUAAAUCUAUAUGUUAAUCCAUAAGUAACGGUGUUUGUAAAUGAACUCUAAAUUAAUGUUUCACUUCUUGCAGGACUAUAUCUCUUCCAGGAGAAAGAAGGCGGCAAGCACAAGUGUAUUCUGUGCGGCAAGUGUUACCAGCACAAGUUUCAUCUCACCCGACACUUGAGAUAUGAAUGCGGUGACCGCCGGACUUUUCCCUGUAGCCUCUGUUCUUACAGGGCUAAGCAGAAGAUUCAUCUUAAAAGUCACGUGUUAAACAGGCACAAGACUCUCGUGGAUCUCGCCCAGUUGUAGACCCCAGGAGGGUCGCACGUUUAAAUAAAUCGUAUCUCAUUUC